ACGCAAAGGUUGCAUCGAUUGCAAGCAGGCCAAGGUCAAGUGUGAUGAGGUGCAUCCACACUGUGGGACCUGUACUCGGAGGCGGCGCGUGUGUUCCGGGUACGCGAGGACUUCGAACCCGAAUGUUUCUUCGCGUUCUAGCUCUGGCUCUGUUGGAGUGAAUCGCCGGGCGUCUGUUGCAUCUAGUGUUUCAAUGAAUUCUUCCCGGGCAUCGUUGGGAGACACGUGGUUUAGUGAGGCGACGAGUUCGACAAGCGAUUGCAUGCGGUCCAUUAUCCUCGAGGCAUCCACAAAGACGCUUACCCCUGCUCGUGGACCGGCCCUAAUUCCGUUGAGUGAGAUUCUUGCAGCGGAUAAGCCGCUCAUCGAGGUAUACUUUAUGCGACACCCCUCGGAAAUGAUCAUUCGCAACGACUUCUUCAUCAGCGAGAUGAACGGUGCAGCCAUUGCGCUCCUGCAGCAGAGUCCAACGGCUGUCGGGGAUGCUCUCGCCGCGAUUGGAGAAAACUAUGUUGAGGAUUCAUCAGAUUCAGCCAUGGUGUCCAAUCGCAAGACGCGUCUGCUGAGUCGGCUGAGGUUGAUUAAUGAGGAAGAAAGUAGUCUAGAAUUUGUUCUCAUGCUGCUUCUUGCUCUUUGUGGUGUUGAGCUCGUGGACCCUCGGUCUGACGGCGGCGCUACCACCCUCUCAGCACUCAUUGACAAUGUCUCCAUGGUCCUGGAAUUCCACACCCGACAGGGAAAGACAUUGAGUUCCAUGGCCAAGUAUUUCGCUCGAGGCGUUGCCCGGCAGGAUCUCCUCAUCUCACUUACUAGAAUGCAACGCACCAGGAUCAACCCGUGCGCCUGGCUGGAUGAGUACUCGCUGUGCCAUGCUGACCGGGUGAUGGGGUUGACAACUACCUUGGCUCCAUUGUUGUCGCAACUCGCUGCACUUGCUGAAGAUGUUCAACACACAAUGAAUGGUCAGUUCAUAACCGCCAGUACUACUGUUGAAACCAAUCAUCUCGCAGUGAGACGCAGCGACCUCGUCGAGAGAGAAGCAUCUAUACGCGCUCAACUGGUCUCAUGGCGUCCAAUCCGUGAUCUGACCAUGUCAAUGGCCAUGUCUCGAACAUUCCUUCCCCACGCAUACACAUGGCGCGCAGCGGCGCUUCUCUACCUCUUCCGGCUCUUCAACCGCCCCGGUAGCUCGACAGAGGCAGAUGCCGAAGCGCUCAGCAUGGCGUACGAGGCCAUGGUCCAUAUUUCCGGCCCACCACAGGACAUCAAGCUCUCGCUGUGGCCUCUAUUCAUUGCCGCAUGCGAGCUCGAGAGCAGCGAGGAUCGCGAUCAUGCAACUCGGUUAUUCGACGACAUCUGCUAUGCGAGGCCUAUUGUAACCGCGCGGCGGACAAGAUCAUUCGUUGUGGAUACCAUCUGGCCGGCGAGAGAUGCAGGAGAACGUUGGGAUUGGAUGCAUUUUGCGCGAUGCGCUCCUAUACCACUGUAAUUCAUCUAGUUCUACAUAAUGAUACCCAUGAUACCAUAUCAAGG